CGUGUGCCCUGCUUUUUGUUGUCUUUCCACUCACUUUCUUUCUUUUAUAUUCUCUCAUUGUCUCUCUCGUUUUCGUCUCCAUGGCUUCAGCUACUUCCGUCAUAGCUUGGGGCUCUGGAGAAGAUGGGCAACUUGGACUUGGAACAGAUGAAGAUAAGGAAUGGGCUUCCGUCGUCGAGGCUCUUGAACCUUUUAGCGUUCGCUCCGUCGUCGGAGGCAGCCGCAAUUCCCUCGCCAUUUGCGAUGAUGGCAAGCUGUUUACAUGGGGUUGGAAUCAAAGGGGUACACUAGGACACCCAGCAGAGACAAAAACAGAAAGCAUCCCUAGUCUAGUUGAGUCUCUUGCCAAUGUCAAGAUUGUUCAGGCUGCUAUUGGUGGUUGGCAUUGUUUAGCUGUUGAUGAUCAAGGCCGAGCAUAUGCUUGGGGGGGAAAUGAAUAUGGUCAGUGUGGUGAAGAGCCUUCCAAAGAUGAGACAGGUAGGCCUGUGCGGAGGGAUAUUGUGAUCCCUAAGCGUUGUGCCCCAAAACUUACAGUCCGACAGGUAGCUGCAGGGGGUACUCACUCUGUGGUUUUAACCCGUGAAGGUUAUGUAUGGACUUGGGGUCAACCGUGGCCUCCCGGUGACAUAAAACAGAUAUCUGUUCCUGUAAGAGUUCAGGGUCUUGAAAACGUUCGCCUGAUUGCUGUUGGAGCAUUUCAUAAUUUGGCUCUGAAAGAAGAUGGGACUUUGUGGGCUUGGGGUAAUAAUGAAUAUGGACAACUUGGAACCGGAGAUACACAACCAAGGUCUCAUCCUAUUCCAGUACAAGGCUUCGAUGAUCUCACUUUGGUUGAUAUCGCUGCAGGUGGAUGGCAUUCAACAGCUUUAACCGACGAAGGAGAGGUGUAUGGUUGGGGAAGAGGAGAACAUGGACGGCUCGGGUUUGGUGACAAUGACAAGAGCAGCAAAAUGGUUCCACAGAAAGUUAACUUAUUAUCUGGAGAAGACAUCAUUCAGGUGUCUUGUGGCGGAACUCAUUCAGUCGCUUUAACAAGAGAUGGUAGGAUCUUCUCGUUUGGUCGGGGAGACCACGGUAGACUCGGAUAUGGAAGAAAAGUGACUACGGGACAACCAUUAGAGCUUCCUAUAAACAUUCCACCACCAGAAGGACGGUUUAACCACGCCGAUGAAGAGGAAGAUGGAAAAUGGUUAGCUAAGUUUGUGGCUUGUGGCGGCCGACACACUCUAGCUAUUAUGGAAUGGAAGUUGGAUCACGAGGAAAACUGAAUAACCAUGAAGAAGAAAGAGAAAGCAAAAUCCACGACACACAUAACACAAAGGGGACUUCAGAGAGGAGCAUUUGUUAUAGAGAAAAUAAUUGUUAGGCUUUUGAUUUUCCCAUGAAUGAUGAAUCUAUAUGAAGACUGAAGAGGAAGGACUAAUAUAAAAUUUCAUUACGAUUAUAGAAAAUAGGUGGUAAAAGAGAGAAUCUUGCGAUACUUGUAAACUCUUUCUUCGUGUAUCUUGAUUCUGUUUUUUUUUUUUUUUU